AUGGAAGAUUGCGCAAACUGCUCAACAAAACACUGGUCGAGGUAUUAUCAUUAUGUCUGCAACGGGAAUGCUUAAAGAAGUUACACUGAUUAACCCGGCUCACGGAAUCAGUCCUAUAAAACAAGAGGGUCAGUUUAAUAUAAUUCAAAUCUCUGGGUCGUUUAUGAUGUAUGACAACAAGGGAACUUGCAGUGGUGGAAUGUCUAUUACGUUGGUAGAUUCUGAUGGUCGUAGUGUAGAGGGAUCUGUUGGAGGAUCUCUGAUAGCUGCCACUCCUGUGCAGGUUUGCAUAGGCAGCUUCACCAUAGGACAACAAACAAUAACUCCUCAGGCGGUGAAAGGCCCAACAGCACCAGAAAAGACCUAAGUUCACGUUCUACUGUAGCAUCUCAAUGGUGACUACUGACGUCAACAGUCACUUUUAAUCGUGAGAAACCCCAAUUGUCACAGUGCAGUUAUGAAUUUAGUGAUUGGUUAACAAUUUACAUUAUGGA